GUCGUAGGCACGCAGCGCCGGUCUUUGCGGCUUGCCAAGGGGCGGCAGAAGCCGGCACAGGGGCGGGAGACUCAGGGGCCACUUCCUGGCGUGGACAGCGGCUCAUUCACGGGCCAAACUCCGGCACCUUUCGGAGCCGGCGCCUUUCGUUUUCGUUUUCCUGAAGGACAGCGAGCAGCGCCCGGGCGGGGGGAAGGGCUCGUGGGGAAUCGGGUAGGAGCCUGCAGGCAUCUGGACGAUCCCGGCCCCGGGUUCUCCUUGCAAUGCAGGCACGUCCAUCGCAAGGUCCGGCCCCUUCGGUCCAGCUGCCGCCGCCUUUUCGCCAGGCGGCUUCCCCGACCCGCGCAUCGCCCUCCUUGGACUUCAUAUGGGCUGGAAAUCAUGGGAUGAAGAAUAAAGAGAGGCAUGUGGAGGGCAGCGUCUGGGCCUGGGUUGAAGUGGCAGCUAGCUCUUUGACUCCUGUGGCCACAUCAGCUUUGCCCUUGCCAUUGCAUCCCACUUCAGAGGCUUCAGUACGGUUGCUCUAUGAUGGACAAAUCUGCACAUUGCCAGGCCGACUCAGAAUCCAACCCUUUCUAUGGAGCAAAGAUGAUGUGAUUCACUGGCUAAGAUGGGCUGAAAAAGAAUAUUCACUCAGGAAAUCCGAUGACAGUAACUUUGAAAUGAAUGGAAAAGCCCUUUGCAUUCUCACCAAGGACGAUUUCAAAUUUCGGGCUCCUAAUUCAGGAGAUGUGUUGUAUGAAUUACUCCAAUACAUAAAGACCCAGAGAAAAGCCCUUGUAUGUAGCCCUCUCUUUAAUAUUCCCUUUUGGGAUACAAAGCACACCCUGACCCAGAGCACUGCAGAAGGUCCCAAAUGCGACCCAGAAGAUUUCCCAGUUAAGGCCCCUGCAUUGCCUUCAGAACGGAUGUUCACCAUGACUAGUCAUGCAGGCUACUUGGAUCCAUCUCAGUCUUCCACCAAGACUCUUUAUACUCCUGGGGUGACCCCUCUUGCUUAUUGCAACCCAGAGAUCAGUCACAGGGGAAAUGUUUGCUCUUCUCCUGUAAAAUCAACUGCCCCAAUCAGUGAUAAAAUAGCAGACUGCAGGUUACUUUUGGAUUACAUCUACCAGCUCCUCUCUGACAGCCGGUAUGAAUCAUUUAUCAGAUGGGAAGACAAAGAAACCAAGAUCUUUCGGGUUGUAGAUCCCAAUGGUCUUGCUGGACUCUGGGGAAAACACAAGAACCGAAGGAAUAUGACAUAUGAGAAGAUGUCAAGAGCUUUGAGGCAUUACUAUAAACUCAACAUCAUCAAAAAGGAAACUGGACAGAAAUUGUUAUUCAGAUUCCUAAAAAUUCCUGGAGAAAUAAAACAGUAUACAGCAAGUAAAUUGGAGUAGUUGAACAAUGAAGAACAGAAAGGGGAAGAUUGGAAAGUUUUAUCAGAAGUCUCACUCUAAAUAUUUGCCAAGUCAUAGUGGCAUCAAGAGCUUGUGUUAACCAAUAGCAAAAUGUUUGAUGUCUGUAUGAAGCCAGAAAGAAAAAGGCCUCAGGGCAUUGUGCAUCCUGUAAAUGAAAUGCAAAGAACUAUUCCACAGGACUUCUGCUGUCAAACUGAAUAGAAGCAUUUGUACAAAACAGAAAGUUCUUAUGUUCAAAAACAGAGUCCUCAAAUCAGUUCUAGUUCCUCUGCCAAUCAUGUUGCCGUAGAAUUUCUUAGUUAUUCUCAAAGAUACCCCCUUCCAUAUAAAAAUAUCUCAUGGGAAAUUAAGCAGUUUUUCAACAAUAAGAAACAACAACAACAACAAAAACACACAUUUGCAAACUGAUCAGUGUUUUAUGCCAGGAGUGCUAAGGCAGGACCAAAACAGGCAGUCAAAUCUGGUUCACCCAGCACACUGAGCUUUGGCUUGUGUAAUUAUACUUUGUUGGACAGGUUAUAUAGUAACUUGUUUGGUUCAUGCAACAAUUAAAACCACAUUAUGGCUCAGUGCAAUGAAUUCACAUCCAUUCUGAUUUCUAAAGCAUUAUUGAACCAGGGUUUACAGGUAGUCUUUGGGUUAUGGUGGCAAUUGGAAACAGAAUUUUCAUCUCUAAGCAAUGUGGUCAAAAAGUGUGACAUCACAUGACUGCAUUGCUUAGUGACUGCAAUCCUGGCAGUCCCAGUUGCUGUCGUAACCCCAGGACUCUGCGGGUCAUGAAGUAGGAAGAGGCAGGGGUCCUGGGCA